UAAGGGUCCCCGAAAUAAGCCAAGAUGUGGCAAUACAUUACAAGAGUUCAAAAGGGUAUCUCUGCUCUACUGUCUCGAAUUGGAUGGUUUUGCCAUUCAACCAGCCAAAAGAUGUACCACUUUUGAAAAGAUUCUCAACGCGUGAACAAUAGUCGAACAACUUCAGCAACUAUGUUGACGAUUAUCCUAGAAACCAUUUACAAUCUGGUUAUGCUUUUCUACUACAUAGUAGAAGCCUUUGUAAUGAAAUUUAUUCCGGCUAAAUUUCGAUCAAAAGAUAUUUCCGGACAAGUUGCAUUAGUGACGGGAGCUGGUGGCGGAAUCGGCCGACUUAUUGCACUAGGGCUUUCGAACCUAGGAUGCGUUGUGGUCUGCUGGGAUGUAGCCAAACAAGCGAAUGAAGAAACAGCGCGAUUGAUCAAGCUGUCAAAAGGACAGGUUUAUGCUUAUCAAGUUGAUUUGACAAAACGUGAAGAUAUUUACCGAGCAGCAGAACGCGUAAAACAAGAUGUUGGUAAAGUAACAAUCUUGGUCAACAAUGCCGGUGUAGUGACGGGUAAAGCGAUACUUGAGUGCUCAGAUGAGCUAAUCCAGCGCACAUUUGACGUCAACAUCUUAGCGCAUUUUUGGACUGUUAAAAGUUUUCUACCUGAUAUGAUAAUGCAAGACCAAGGCCAUAUAGUGACUAUCGCUAGUUUAGCCGGAUUCUCGGGUUGCAAUCGCAUGGUGGACUAUUGUGCUUCAAAAUUCGCAGCUGUGGGUUUCGAUGAAUCGCUUCGAACUGAAUUAGCCGUGGAUGGACGCAAAGGAGUGAAAACGACUGUAGUAUGUCCAUUUUUUGUCAAGACACCACUUUUUGCUGGCAUUAAAUCCAAAGUUCUACCUGUUCUCGAACCUGAAACGGUGGCGAACGAAACCAUUACCGCCAUUCUUACUGAAGAACCCAUGUGCCUCAUUCCUAGUCGCCUUUCCAUCUUAAUCGCACUUAAAUCCCUUCUACCCAUCAAAGCUUUAAUUAGCAGCUAUAAAGCGUUUGGCUUGGACGAAACGAUGAACGCAUUUGAAGGUCCUAAAACCAAGUACAAUUAGAACACCUUCUCUUCCAUCACUUCUGACCAUCGAACGGUUAGCCGAAUCGAUCGCUGAAGUUGAAAUGACAUUUUGUUUCACAGUCGAGCUUUUAAAGUAUUGUUUAAGAAAUACACUUUGUCAACACGCUAA